AUGUCUGAAACUUCAGCCCCACGUCCAACGAUUGUUAAGAAGUACACAAAGAAGUUCAAGCGUCAUCAUUCUGACCGUUACCACCGUGUUGGUGAGAGCUGGAGAAAGCAGAAGGGUAUUGACUCUUGUGUUAGAAGACGUUUCAGAGGAACUAUCCGUCAACCAAAGAUUGGUUACGGAUCCGACAAGAGAACCAAGUAUAUGUUAAAAUCUGGACACAAGGCCUUUGUUGUUAACAACGCCAAGGAAUUGGAUGUUCUUCUGUUACACAACCAGCAAUACGCUGCUGAAAUCGCUCAUGCCGUUUCUUCCAAGAACAGAGUUCACAUUUUGGCCAGAGCCAAGGAGCUUGGUAUCAAGGUAACCAACCCUCAAGGUCGUCUCAACUUGGAGGCCUAG